UUCUUUCCCCAUAAACCCCUUGAGAUUGUGAGAAAGAUGGCAAAAGCCCUCUUGUUCUUUGUGCAGUGCAAAAUAGCCAAGAAGAAAACAAAAAUGAAGACCUGAAAUGUCAAAAGAUUCAUCAAUAUGGCAACAGCGAUUUCCAUGUCCAAAGCCAUAACCAAGCUCCUCCGAGUCGGUGGGUCCCACCCUUCUUUUCACAGCCGUUGGAUCCCAAGACCACCUCCGCCUCUGUCACAAUCCUCUUCCUUCUUCUGUUCUUCCCCUGCCAUUUCCUCAGCGGCUGCUUCUGAAUCAACGUCUUCCCAAUCUCCUGAGGUAGAAAGGAGAUCGCGUUUGCCAAAAUGGUUGCUUUUCCUUCCCGGAGCUAUCACUUUUGGGCUUGGAACUUGGCAGAUUUUCAGGAGGCAAGACAAGGUGAAAAUGCUAGAAUAUAGAGAGAAGAGAUUGGAAGUGGAACCUUUGAAGUUUAACAAGUUUUUUCAAUCGAGUAAAGAUUUGGAUUCUUUGGAGUUCAGGAAGAUCUUAUGCAAAGGAGUUUUUGAUGAGGAAAGGUCAAUCUUUGUAGGACCUCGUUCAAGAAGCAUUUCAGGAGUGACGGAAAAUGGCUACUAUGUUAUCACACCCCUUAUGCCAGUCCCUAAUGAUCCUGAAAGUGUGUCGUCACCUAUUUUAGUGAACAGAGGAUGGGUUCCCCGUAUUUGGAGAGAUAAACAUUUAGAAGUUCCACAAUAUGGUAAGCAUACUUCAGAAAAAGAACCACAGCAUGUCAAAGAGAAUGAAACAAGCUCUUGGUGGAGAUUCUGGACAAAGAAGCGUACAAAUGUUGAGGUCCAUGUUCCUGAUGUUACUCCUGUUGAAGUUGUUGGAGUUAUCCGUGGGAGCGAGAGGCCAAGCAUAUUUGUUCCAGCUAAUGAACCAAGCUCCAGCCAAUGGUUCUAUGUUGAUGUUCCAGCAAUUGCCCGUGCAUGUGGACUUCCUGAAGGUACUAUCUAUGUUGAAGACAUAAAUGAAGAUGUCAAUCCAAGUUGCCCUUACCCUGUUCCAAAGGACAUAAAUACCUUGAUUCGCAGUUCAGUCAUGCCUCAGGACCAUCUAAAUUAUACAUUGACAUGGUAUUCCUUAUCUGCUGCCGUCACAUUUAUGGCUUUCAAGAGGCUAAGGCCCAAAAAAAGCCAGAGAUAGCAUGAACAUAUUUUAUUCGUUAGCAUUGCUCAGCUUUUCAUGAGGCAUUUAGCUGAACAGGAAAAUAUUUCCCAGAAUUUUUUUAUGAGCUGGUUAUUAACUAAUUCUACUGGUACAAAUCCUCAACUGGGUUCAUCUGCUUCAAAUUAUAUGCACAGGGAUGUUCAAUUCACACAAAGUACUUGGGGUAUUAGAUUUUUUUGUUUAUGAAAAUUGGGUUCAAGGUAAUGAGGUUAUCAUUUUUGUUGCAGGAUGAUUACCAUAUAUAUAGCUUAUUGAGCUUGUGAAGAAGGGAGAGGAGUUGAGAGGUUAUAGAAAUGGCAUUUUGAGAGUAAAUUUUACCAUGAGACCUUAUUAAUGGUAAACACACAACUAAAUGCUAGGACUGGCUAGUAAUAUAAACAGGGUCUUGGUGCAAUGUAUGGGUACUUAUGGAGAAGGUUAGGUUUGGAUUCUUGACAGUAAGAAGCUUUGUUUUCCAUAGCUUCAAUUUUGAAUUUCAAGAGUGUACUGUUUGUUUGUUUUGAAAGCCUAAUAAAAUGAAUAUUUACCAUGAA